AUGGAUUCUUUACCAGUGCUGUUGUUGAUUGCGUCGUUCUCCUUCGUGGUAUGUCAACGACCCCCUUACGCUGGCAAGCAUCCGAUUGGAUAUCCAGAAGUGGAGACGCCCUCCGAUCCGGAGGCAGAAUCAAUCGAUUUACCGUUUGAUAGUUUGCCUCUCGAAGCACGUGGGGACAGAGAGCUAGUGGCAAGAUUAAUCAAGUUGCCGGUAGACAAACAACCGUUCUGGCUUCUCAACUGGGAAGCGCUGGAAUGGAACAGACAGAAUCCACAGACGUACCCCAUACGAGAGAAUCCAUUCCUCCAAAAUCCAAUACCUAACGAUUAUUAA